AUGGCAGCGCUCAGGGCUGUGAUGGUGGUCACUGUCGCCCUACGUGACAGUACAACAUUGGAUGCCCCAUGCGGCGAGCAGGAGCUCGGCGAGUGGUGGCGGCACCAUGAAAUUAGGGCGGUCGAUGUCAAGACGGCAGUACAACAAAUAUCUCCUUACUUAGAGGACACAAGCAACGAUGCACCUCAGUUCAUCUACUUCGACGGAUGGCUUGGACUGGGUGCGUCUGCGGUGCUUAGAGCUAUUGCAGAGCAGCCUCCACGAUCUUUACGAGAGAAAUUCGACAGGAUCAUCCACAUUGACUGUUGGAUGUGGAAGAGCCGAAGAGCAUUGCAAAGGGUGAUCGCAGACGAGCUCAAGCUCACUCAACAGGUAGUGGCCAUUGACGCGCAAGACGAGGAGGACGAUUUCAGUGGGGUAGACCAUGGCUCCAGAGCUGAGGUUAGAGGCGUCAUGGCCGCAAUAACUCGUUACCUAGUACAGUACAGAUGUUUAGUUGUCUUUCACAAUGGAAGUGAUGGCAUGGUUGACUUGACUAGCUGUGGCAUUCCGCAACCUGAAAUCUUCAAUACUAAGGUAUUGUGGACCUUCAGAGGACGGCUUCGCCUCAAUGCAGGAAUUCAUGAAAACGUAGAUGCUUCACACCUUUAUCUUUUUGCAUACCAUGGCCGUAACAGCAAUUGGAAUGCACACCUUGCAAAAGAGGCUAGAGAAGUCUCUUUGUACACACAUAAGCUUGGCCUUGGUGUUACACCAAAAAUAGCCACAGAGUGUUGCUUGUACCUAUUGUCAUUGAAUAACCAAGGUAACAAUAUGAUUGACUACAACUGGGCAACCCAUGCUUCCUGCUACUGGGUUUGUGAUGGGAUCAUAGGAGGAGGACAGGACAACCAGACAUGGGAGGUUGCUCAUGCUCUGCAGCAGCAUAUAAGACUAGAAGACUACUCAUCCAAUGCAGAGCUUAUGGGGUCUGUGGACAGAUUGGAUCUUUCCUCGAAACAAUGGAUUUCUAUUACUGAAUCAUAUUUCAAAGAGGUUCCUCCAGAGGCAACAACCCUGUUCUAUGGAUCCAAAAAGUCAAGUCCACAAGCAGUAUCACUACCUAGUGACAAGUUCCAUAAAGCAGAUCAACUCCGGGUGCUGAAGUUAUGUGGAUGUACCUUCAGCUUUUCAUCACCUCCAUUCCAUUGCUGCCACAACUUAAGAUUCCUUGGACUGGAUAGAUGCAUGGAUGGACUACAACAUGGGGAGGAGGAGGAGGAGAAAACAGAAACAGAAGAGCAAGUGGUGGCUACAGACAUUAGAGAGGUUCAUAUAACCAACGGAAGGAUUUGGACCAGCAACCUUGCAUGGAGACGCCUACCGAACCUUCACAAGCUCCAAGUGGUUGAGCCCACAAACCCUUGGGAGACAGAAAGAAGAGAUGAAUUCAUGGCUAUGGUGAAUCUGGAGCUCCUUGACCUAUCUGGGAACAGCACCAUACAAGUCUUGCCGAGCCUUUCGGGUGCAACAAGCCUCAAGACACUGAUUCUAGAUGGUUGUGUUGGGUUGGAGCAUGUUGGCCCUCAACAACUCCCUCCAUCACUUGAAUCAUUCUCAUUGCAUACCGCAGGAGAAGAUGAGGAUCUCAAGAAGAAGAAUGUUGAAAUAUCUUACAUCAGCUUGGCUGGGUGUGUAAGAUUAGCAAACUUUAUACUGCGUGGGUCACUGCCAAACCUUGAGGAGCUGGACCUCUCGCACACAGCAAUCAAAAUCCUUGACCUUGGAGCGGUCGUUGAAGUGAAAAAUCUUCAGCGACUCUUCUUGAUGGGAUGUGGGCAGCUCCGCUCAAUUUCAUGGCCCAAAACCAAAAUGUACAAACUAAGGCUGUUGUGCAUUGACACUCGGGCAAGAGGAGGAGAGGUGGACAACAGAAAACCAACAUGGUCACGUGAUUGUUCUUUGAUGGUCUACCAGCAGGACGAAGUAAAGGAGUAUUGCCAUGCAUCUGUUGCCGUUGCAGACAUGAGGUUCCUUCAGUCCUUGGAGUUUCUUUGGACAAGGGAAACCAUUCGAUGUGAUAAGUGGAAUCUCUGCUUGUCAUCUACCAGCGAUGAUGAUGGAAGAGGCUGCCACAAGGAAAAGAUGGGCAGUCAUUAUAGCACUGGACAGCUAGCUGCUGCUCUGUCUCUGCCCAAGUCAUUAACCUACCAUGACAUCAGCAUUGAACAGAUAUCUGCAAAGAUCGAUAUCAGCAGUAGCAGCAGCUCAGCGCAAUUUCUGCCACUAGACUUGCACAUGGACAUUGGCGAGGGAAUUAGUGACGUCACCGACAAGUCCAGAACGCGGGCAAGUUAUGCAAUACGUAGUGUGAUGGACAGUGUGCAGUCGUUGCACGUGCACGACAGUUCCUCCAUCACCACUAUUGCGCCUCAACACAUUUUUAGGGAAUUUCGAGUAAGUCGUGGUGGCCUUGACGGCCCAAUAAUGAAUGUGCUCAAGUGGUGCCGCGUGGAACGAUGCCCAAAGUUGGAUACUGUCUUCGCCACUAACUAUUACUGGAGAUGCUUUUCUAAUUUGGAAAUCUUUUGGGCGGCUCAUCUCUUGAUGGCCCGUUCUAUUUGGAGCAGACCAAGAAAUCCAAGGUUGGAUGCAAAUGAUUUAUCGUUUACACAACUGCGGGCUAUUCAUCUGCACUUCUGCCCGAGGCUCAGAUAUGUCCUCCCGAUGGCUUCGAACAAUACCUUAUCCAAGGUGCUGGAGACUCUCCACAUACACUGCUGCGGUGAUCUCAAGCAGGUCUUCUUCGUGGAGCAAGAGUUCCUAGAGGAAAUAGCGGCCAGACAUGAAGAAGGAUUGGUGGGAUAA